ACGAAGAAUCAAUCAAGAUGUCCUAAAGCUUGAUGCAUGACGAACUCUGUUUUCUUUCUUUUCCUUUUCUUUUUGGUUUUUCAGAUCAUUAGUCGGCUACGUGUGGAAGGCAGAGGAUAAGCAAUCACUGGUCACUAUGCAGUCAGCUUGUUGAUAAUUAGAUCAGUGCAGGAGGAUGCCUCGGAGAUGUCGAACACCACAAAACUUGACGUAGGGGCGUAAGGCAGGAGCAUACGGAGAGGGUAGCCAGCUGCGAGCGAGCGAGCGGCAGCAUCAUCUUCUCCAUCGCAAGCCACGAAAGCAGCUGUUACAUACAGUUCCAUUAGUUAUCAAUCCAGGGCGAGCAAGCAAAUGGCCAUGGAUGGCCACCGGGAACGGCAGCCUCACUUUGUUUUGGUUCCACUGAUGGCACAAGGCCACACGAUCCCCAUGGUCGAUCUGGCGCUGCUCCUUGCUGAACGUGGUGUGCUGGUGAGCUUUAUCACGACACCCUUCAACGCGUCACGCAUCAAGGACACGGUUCGACGAGCUCAGGACUCCCGCCUUCCAAUCCGAUUCGUCGAGCUCCACUUCCCCUGCCAAGAAGCAGGCUUACCCGAGGGAUGCGAGAACAUUGAUGUCUUGCCUGCACCGGAACUGUUGCUGAACUUCUUUGAAGCGACCCGUCUUCUUCAGCAGCCGCUCGAACAGUAUCUCAGUGAACCGCAACAGCCCUACCCGAGUGUCAUCAUUUCUGAUUUCUGUCACCCUUGGACGCGGAAGAUUGCUCGUCGUCUUGGAGUUCCGCGUCUCACCUUCUUCAGUGUUUGCUGCUUCACCCUCCUAUGCCAUUUCAACAUCUCGCACGACAAAGUCUAUGAUAGGAUUGCAGACGACGACGAACCUUUUGUGGUGCCCGGCUUGACGGAGAAGAUUGAGGUCACAAAGGCUCAAGCACCAGGAUUCUUUCCCAGACCUUUCUUCGGGGAGAUGUCAAAUGAUGUGGAAGAUGCCGAGGUCACAGCAGACGGCAUCGUGGUGAACAGCUUUGAAGGUUUAGAGAAAUCAUACAUCGAGGGCUACCAAAAGGCCAUGGGAAAGAAAGUAUGGACGGUAGGGCCGCUGUUCCUCAACAACAGGAGCAUGACUGAUCUGGCUCUAAGGGGGGACAAGGCAUCGAUUGACGCCAGCCGAUGCUUGAGUUGGUUGGACACUAUGAAGCCCAGGUCUGUCCUGUAUGUAUGUUUCGGUAGCCUAGCGCGGUUAGAACCUUCCCAAGCAAUGGAGAUUGGGUUGGGGCUGGAGGCAUCUAACCACCCAUUUGUUUGGGCGAUCAAGGCCAGCGAGGAAUCUGAAGAGAGGGUGGAGGAAUGGCUGUCGGGAGGAUUCCAAGAGAGGGUCAGUUCCAGGGCGCUCAUAGUCAAAGGGUGGGCGCCGCAGGCCAUGAUCCUGUCCCACCCGGCGAUCGGUGGCUUCAUGACGCACUGCGGCUGGAACUCGACGUUGGAGGGGGUAACGGCCGGCGUACCCAUGGUAACGUGGCCUCACUUUGCGGACCAAUUCCUCAACGAAAGGAUGGUGGUUGAUGUCUUGAAGGUUGGAGUGUCCGUUGGGGUCAAGCGACCAUCCUUCCUAACAUUUGAUCAGCAGAGUCGAUUGCCGGUGCGGAGGGAUGACGUCGAGAGAUGUGUGAGGAGUUUAAUGGAUGAAGGUAGGAAUGGCGAGGAAAGGAGAAAGAGGGCCAAGGAGUUGGGGGAGAAGGCUGAGGCGGCCAUGAAACAAGCUGGUUCAUCUUAUUCUAACAUCACACACCUCAUCGAAUGUUUCUCAUCCAGUGCUUAAUUACGUGUGCGCCGAGUAGGCCAUAUUUUAUAUUUGCAUAUAUACACAUGUAUACCCUAAGGGGUUCUCGUUAGAUCAUUAUGUUUGACUAAUUACAUAUUAUCUAUUUUAAUUA